AUGACAGAAAAUCAGACAUCAGUCACAGAAUUCAUUCUCUUGGGAUUUUCACUCAGCCCAAAGAUUCAGAUAUUCCUCUGCAGCCUCUUCUCCCUUUUCUAUGCCUUCACUCUGCUGGGGAAUGGAGUCAUCCUGGAGCUCAUCUGUCUAGACUCCAAACUACAUACCCCAAUGUACUUUUUCCUGUCACACCUGGCCGUGGUGGAUAUUUCAUAUGCUUCCAACAAUGUCCCCAAGAUGCUGGCAAACUUUCUAAGCAAGGGAAAAACAAUCUCCUUUGCCUCGUGCAUAAUGCAGACCUUCUUGUACAUGGCCUUUGCUCACACUGAGUGUCUCCUUCUCGUGGUGAUGUCCUAUGAUCGCUAUGUGGCCAUCUGCCACCCCUUGCAAUAUUUUGCCAUGAUGAGCUGGAGAAUCUGCAUCACCCUGACUGUGACUUCCUGGGCCUGUGGCUGCAUCUUGGCCCUUGUCCACAUGGUUCUCAUCCUGAGGCUGCCCUUCUGUGGGCCUCAUGAAAUCAACCACUUCUUCUGUGAAAUCCUGUCUGUCCUCAAGCUGGCCUGUGCUGACACAACGCUCAACCAAGUGGUCAUCUUUGCUGCUUCUGUGUUCAUCUUGGUAGGGCCCCUGUGCCUGGUGCUGGUCUCCUACACGCGCAUCCUGGUUGCUAUCCUGAGGAUCCAGUCCAAGGAGGGCCGCACAAAGGCCUUCUCCACGUGCUCCUCCCACCUCAGUGUGGUGGGGCUCUUCUUUGGCAGUGCCAUUGUCAUGUACAUGGCCCCCAAAUCCAGCCACCCUGAGGAGCAGCAGAAGAUCCUUUCCCUGUUUUAUAGCCUUUUCAACCCUAUGCUGAACCCCCUGAUCUACAGCCUGAGGAAUGCAGAAGUCAAGGGUUCCCUGAGGAGGGCGCUGUGGAAACAGACAUCAAGGUGA